AUGCCUUCGCCAAGACGACCCGAUCCAAUCCACGUUCUUUCUUUUGCCACGAACUCCCUGCGGAAUACGACCAUCUCUAACAGUGAUGAUACGCUGUACUACGAAGUCGUGACACGUUUCUGGCAUCCCCAUCUUACCAAGAUAUUCAAGCUCGACAAGGAAGCCCGCCAGAUGCGCCUAGUAGGCGAGAUCGACCGUGAGCCCAGUAGGGAGCCGCGCGUGCGGGUUGGCGGUGAACGCAGUCACUGGAUCCCUCUCGACGAUUACAUGAAAUGGGGCUCGAAGGGGAGUGGGACUUGGGCUACACCAGAGGGUGACUCUUUUCGCUGGAAGAAGAACAGAAGGCGUCUACAGCUCUUUAAGACAGACGUCGCGGAUGCAGCCACGAUAGCCCGAUAUGUGCCGUAUACUCGUCACUUCUACGUCCUGCUUGUGGAUCGCCGCGCUUCACUCGAAGUGAAGGACGAAGCCUUGGGACACAUGGACCAGAUCAUCAUGAGCUAUCUGCUUGUUGAGAGGAAACGCCGUGAUGAGCGGAUGAGAGUGAAAGUCGGGCGAUCGUGA